CGCCACCUCCGCAGCGACAGCGGGGCGGCCGGAGCGGCCGGGAGAGGCGGGACCCGAGCGGGGAACCGGGAGAGGCGGGACACGAGCGGGGAACCGGGAGAGGUUGAAUAUCCUCAUGAGUAACUUGUCUGGGAGCAUGGUGGAGUUUGCACGGUGAAGUUCACACGAUCACACCUUCUCAGAAAUUAUGUCCUGAGGUUCCCUUGGUGAGCAAAACUUGCUGGAUACCUGUGAAUGGAAGAGGAUGGAAUCCCUUUGUGGCAGCACUGCAUAAGGCACUGUUUGAGCACUGCAGAUGUUCCUCUCACCAGCACCCCAUGGUAGAUCUGGCAGAGAAGGAGAUGGAUAACCCCACGUUUAGAAGUGACACUGUGCUGUCUGAUGUUCACUUGCACUGCCCAAGCAAAAGACACCUCAUGGUGCGACUGAAUGCAGUUGGACAGCCAGUAUUCCUGUCAUAUUUCAAACUCCUUUGGAGCACAGAAGAUUUGGCAUCUGGGAAACACGUGAGAGAAAUUCCCACAGGAGGAGAACACCAGUGCAGAAGUGGAGAUGAGCUGUGUGACGAGGACAGGAGUAACGUAAAAAAAGAAGGAGAAUUAAAUAGCGAAGGAGUAGAAGCUCUGCUAGAUGAUGAUGGAGACUUGGAAGUGGUCAGAAGGCCUCGAAGUGCCUCUGAUUUGCAAGCAGAGGAUCCUUUGAGGGAUAUAGUGUGCCCUGUAAUUCUGAUGAAAGGGAAAGAAGAUGCUUUUGAAGAUGAAAAGCAGGAGUGCGCUUCCAGUGAUGUUGUUAAAAUAGAACACACUAUGGCAACCCCCUUAGAAGACGUUGGUAAACAAGUGUGGCGUGCUGCCUUCCUUCUGGCUGAUUACAUUCUCUUUAAAAGGGAAACGUUCAGGCGUUGCUCUGUGCUGGAGCUUGGAGGUGGCACUGGAAUUACCAGCAUUAUCAUGGGAACAGUUGCCAAGAGAGUUUAUUGCACAGAUGUUGGUGAAGAUCUUCUGGGCAUGUGUGAGCAAAAUAUUGCAUUAAACAAGCACCUGAUGGAGUCAGGAGGAGGGGAAAUUAAAGUGAAAGAACUGGAUUGGCUGAAAGAUGAAUUCUGCACUGAUCCUGAAGCUCCUUACAGCUGGUCUGAAGAAGAGAUUGCUGAUCUGCUUGAUCACUGUUCUGUGAUAAUGGCAGCUGAUGUGUUCUAUGAUGAUGACCUGACAGAUGCCUUGUUCAGAACUCUGUAUAGAAUCACACACAACUUGAGAAAUUCUUGCACAGUUUACUUAGCACUGGAAAAGAGGCUGAACUUCACUUUAAGACAUAUGGAUGUUACCUGUGAAGCCUACAGCCACUUUAGAAAUACUUUAAAUGAUUUGGAGAACCUUCAAGAUGGAAAAAUGAAAUAUACAGUGGAGCCCAUUAAGCUUGAUUUCUGCCAGUUCCUUGUUUAUGAGCGAAUUGAGCAGUUGGAAUUGUGGAAGAUCAUGGCUGAACACCUGACAUGACAGGCCCACGAGAAAAGAGAAGAUCUUUACCUAAGAAGGGCUAUUUGAUGUUCAGUUAAGACAAGGAAUUUCAUCCUAAGAAAAGCAUCUUCCUGCUGGAGUUCUGUUCUCAGAAAGUAUUGCACUGCAGUUUUGCUUUACUUUUUGGUUUUGGCGCUUCAUUUUUUGGACUUGUACACUUGGACAUGAUUUCUUUGAUAUUUCUGAGUACCUGCUGGAUGUCAGACAGUGGCAGUGACACAAUGACUUGCUCUUUGGGAUUGAUGACUUCCCUUAGAGUCUGGCAAAGAAGUAUUUAGCCUUUUCCAUGUGACUGAUUUGCAGAUGUCAUGCAGUUUCCUUUUUAGUUUACACAACAUGGACACCGUUCUCAGUCUUAACCCAGUUCCACACGUUAUUUGUAUUUAUGGACACUUGUGAAAAAAUGUUCUGGACAGGAAUUGUUUGUCAUGAAUGAAGUUUUCUUUAAGAAAUUUGUUUAUGAAACUUGGCCCUUAAUUCUCAGUUUGUCCUAUAUAUAUCACUCUAGUUUAGGGCCACUGUCCGAAUUGAAAGGAGACAAGGUGCAUUUUGUUUGAGCCUCUGAAAAUACUCCACAGAGGUUUUGGAGUAUAGGAAGUCAACCCUAUAUUGUCCUGCAGGAGUUUUAAGCUCUUCUGUCCUAGGUAGGUUGAGGGUGAGAAGGUACCACAUAGAGGGAGAUGGUACAGCUCUUGGAAUAGUUGGAAUUCUACCCUCAGCAUAUACAUGUGAGGUUGGGGAUAAGGAAGUGGCCAAGAAUGUCUUGCCCACAUGAAAGGCAUUUUUCAACAUCUUACUUCUGGAUUAAAAUAAAAUAUAUUUAUUAAAUCUCUCCUAUGUUAUUAAUGAAACCAAAAAUCUGCUUGUACUUUUAUAAAUGUUCUGUGCCCUGUUGUGUUUAUAUCACUUUGCCAUAUGUACACUGCCAUGGAAAUCCUUGUGCCCACUGCAUUCCCCAGCACCAGGAGAGUGUCAGUGAUGGAGCUUUUCCUCCUUUGUGGGAGUGUGCAAGAUGCUCAUUAGAAGCAUCUGAUGGACUUCCUGAAAGCCUGUUUUACAUUUGGUGUAAGUUCUUUCAUAAUGUGUGUGAAGACCUAUUUAUUUGUGUUCUUUAAUGGGAUGAAAGGUGAUUAGAUGAUGGUGGCCAUUCAGUACAGUCAAAGUAAAAAUUACAUUAUGUUAGUACAUAUCUGCAUAGAUUAAUAUAAAACUUCUCUCUCAGAAUCCUCAUUUGAACUUCAAAGAUAAAAAACUGUAUUUUAAUCCAAAGAUUCCCAAACUGGUGUUUGUUGGUUUGUUAUGUAAUGGUAAUAACUUUGGUAGAUUCAGCUGUUUUUGAAUGUAGCUGCUUAUUUCAGUAGUGAUUUUUUGAAGGCUGUAGAAGAAUCAGUUUGAACUGAUGUGAAAUAGCGUGGGGAGUUAGGGAAUCCCGUGGUUUUUCUCACACAGGAUUUCUCAAAGUCUCCUUGGAAUUAUCAACAGAAACUCAACUGCAAUUCCUUCAUUUCUAUGAAGGAAGGAAAACUAGGCACUUAAUUUAAAACCCGUGAAUAUUCCUACUCGGCUGUGGAGAUAAAGUUUUCAUUUGGAAAAGUGACUUUCUCUUUUGCUAAAUAAAAUCAGGCAGAUGGGAACAUUCCUGGAUCUGGUUGGCAAAUCCAGUGGUCAUCCAGAUGCAUCAUUUUCUGGAGAGAGGAACAUAGAGGAGGUGAAGGGGAACCUGCGGAACCCUUGUAGUGCACUUAGUUCUGAUAAAAGGGAGGAGUGUCCAAAUCUUCUUGGGAAGUAUGGUAAUGGGUAGAUAAAUGAUCUUCCAGGAUGAAUCUGGUUGGAAACAUUGAUUUUCACUUUUGUCACUGCCAUAUGGUGAAACAACAAAUACCUUUUCUCAGUUCCCACUCCUCUCCUUUUAUCUGUCUUAAGAGAAGCAAAGGUGACACAAUUAUAGAUACUGUUCAGGAGAAGACAUUGAACUUUCAUGUGACACCCAAAUAAACAUUACAAACUAACUGCAUUUCUUUUAAAUCUUGGUUGAUGUGAAACUGAGAGUUGCUUUGUUGUGAAUGUCAGGGUGUCAUUUUGCAGUAGAAAAAAGUUGAAGACACUCCCUUGGUGGGAUAGAUUCUGUAUAUUUGUCAUUGGUGGGUGUUCUCAAGUGUAGGUGGCUAUUUGUAGGCCUUCCUUGUAGCUCCAUCUGCUGUACAACACUUCGAGUCAAAACAUUUUACAGUUUGUUCAACACCCUGCUCCUUUCUAGUUUGACAAUACUGUAUUUUGGAGUAACAGUUUAGGUGGCAUGCGUGGUCCUGCACUUCUCACCUAGACUUGCAGGUGAAGUUACAGUGGAAAUAAUCCUGGAAAAAAGGUGGUGAUAAUUGCCUACUUUUUGACAGUAGCUUUGCCUCCAGCAGUUUGGGGUUUUCAGGAAACAUUGUAUGAAAAAGUGGAUGUACUUUGUGUUUGUAUGUGGUGGGGACUUAAACUGGAUCUCAAAGUUUUAUAGAAGAUAACUAUCACAAGAUUGUCUGUUAAUUAACUCGACUGUUUGUGGACUUCAACAUCCACCACUAGUUCCAGUCCUUUUCCAUUUUCACCAGAGGAUUAAGGGCUUUGUCUCUGGCAAUUGCAUUUCUGGCUUUUGUUUUGUUCGCUUUGUUUUUUUUCAUUCUGGUAGACAACACCUUAAAACUUGGAGAAAUAGUUUUGUGUGUCUGAGAUUUCUACUUGCUGAGCAUAUUUUGUGUUCCAGUUGUAUAUUUCCCCUGUUGGUUAUAGCAGUUUGCAAUGUGAAUUCUGAUGUUUUUGAUUCCCAGGAAACCUAAUUGCAAGUGUACUUCUGGAUUGGAUCAAUGAGACGUAAUCCUACUGACUCCUGUGAUCCACUCAGGGCCAUCAGGGGGAUCUGUUGCGGGGGUGUAAGGAAAGAGCAGACCAACUAUUUUGAUGGCAGUGGAUAUCUAGGUCCACUUUGGACUUAGGUGUAACUGUGCUCCCAAUGUGGCAGUGCAGGGUGUAUUAACAAAGCUGAUUUUCCUCAGUCCUGUGCCUGAAACCACAUUGUCCAGAGUCAGACUGCCAUGACCGUGACAGCCAAAUGCUGCUGCUGAUUUUAAAGACAGUUACUAGUGCUGAGUGUUGGGUACAGGAAACUGAAGGCUGCUUCUGAAAAGUGGGUGCUGAAUUUCUGUCUGCUUGUUACGGCAUGGCAAGGACAGCUGCCUGUCUCAUAAGCUUGCAGAGAUUUUUCAAUCUGCAAGUAAAUCGAGAAUUAUUCACUUAAUGCGUAGCAAUUUGUCUUUAAAAUGCAGUUCACCUCCUGUGUGUGAUCAUGGUAUUUGUAACCUGAACGUUUUAGAAGUUCAAGUGAAGUAGGAUUUGAAAAUGAGCUACUUCUUGCUGCCACACUGUCAUGCUGUGAUAUAGGUCCAGAGGUUUGUGUUCUUUUACAGACUCAUCUUGACCCUGACUUUUUGUGUGUCCUUUGCAUCUGUGCUGGAAGUUGGUGCAUUAAGAGAAUAAAGCUUCCUGUUGAGAAAUAACUGCCUCUCUGCUGCCGGCAGUGCAGUCAGCUGUGUCAGUACAGCACACUGCCUGAGAGGAAGUUUCCCC